CUCUUCCUGUGUUUUCUCUGUCUCUCCCUCCCCCCCUCUGUCUCGCUCUCUCUCUCCCUCCCCUCCCCUCCCCUUCUCAUUCCUGCCCGCUCUCCUGCAGACUUGCUGAAACCACAACAGACGUCUGAAUGCGAAGGUGUGCUCGACACAAAGGUCACCAACUGCAACGUGAGGCAGAGAGGAGGGAUAGAAGGAGUGAGAGAGAGGUGGACGUCACUGGAAUGUCCAGACGGUGCGACAGAAAGCCCGCAAUGUUGAACGGCCAAAGAACUGGAGGAAUGUUGCUGGUGUUUCUGCACUUGUUCUCCCCAGUGGUGCUGGACUCACCUAUCGUCGCCAGGAUUGGUGAUGACCCCCUCCUGAUUUGCCAUUUCAAUCGACCAUGGUCCCGGGAACUUGGGGGCAUCCAGUGGAGUCUGCAAAGACCUGACGGAGUCCUCCUGGCGUACAUCUACCAUCAGGGCUCAGCGGCCGCCCAGUUCCAAGACAAGCAGUUCCAGGGCAGGGCCACUGUGAAUGAGUCGCUGCUGGGGCAGGGGGACGCGUCACUGAGGCUGCAGAACGUCACAGUUCAUGAUAAUGGCACCUAUAUGUGCGUUCUUCACACCCCAGAGUGGAAGGAGGUGAAAGAGCAGCUCCUCAUCGUUACAGCUCCCUACAGCCAGCCCCAUGUGAGCUGCUCACCCGUGGGUGGGGAUGGAGCGGAGGAUGAGGGGAAGGUGCAGCUGGACUGUGUGUCCCGGGGGGGGUUUCCCCUGGCACAUCUGCAGUGGGUCUGGAGCAAUGGCACCGAAUACAGGAGCGAGUUGCAGAACGCGAGCAUGGCACAGGCACCCGAUGGCACGUACCAACUAUGCAGCAGGCUGGAGGCCACCAUGUCCUGGGAUUUCGACCUGUACUGUGUGGUCACCGACUCCUGGCUGAACCAAUCCCACAGCAGCUAUGCCAACUGCCCGCAGCACAACACCCGGGGCACCGAGAGUACGCCUCACAGCCCAGGGCACUGCCCACACCUCAAUACCUCCUCCCUCUCCCUGCCCCCUCCCACUCUCUCUCUCCUUCUCCCCACCUCCCUCCCUCCCUCUGUUACAGGCUCCCAGCUUCCCUGUGCAGAGCAUGAGCGAGUCGGACUGUUACUGUUUGCCUCCGUCCUGUUGCUGUUCUUGCUGUCGGUUUUGCUGUGGAUGUGUUGCUGUGGAUGUACCGCAGGGCGAGACCCUCCUUGAGCCAAAGGAAAGCAGGAAGCCCUGCUGGUCCCGGGGGAAACUGAGAGGCUAGUCCCAUCCACACCAACGCACGAGGGACUGAGGCUGGGCAAGGGAGCACCUGCUGACUUCCCCUCCAGGGAGUGGGCCAGAGCAGAAGGGACAGUACAGAUGAUGCCUACACUGAGCGAGACCACUCAACCUGUCCAAACUGCUACUCAAGCACAGGCGGCCACCAGCCGCUCCUGAUCCUGAUAAGCAAGCCCAUUACCACUACAUCGACUCAGGCCUUGCAGGCCCAGGGAAUGAAAACCAGGUUUAUUAUCACAGAUAUGUUAUGAAACUUGUCAAUUUGCAGCACAAGUUACAAAUUAAAUGAAUAAAGACAAAGGCAAAGGUAAAGAAUAAAGUGAGGGUGGUGUUCAUGGGUUCAUCCACGGUCCUGAGAUCUGAUGGUGGAGGGGAAGAAGCUGUUCCUGAAACUUCUGGUUGAAGAUGUCGCUGGUAAAGCCCAGCCAUUACUUACAGGCACCAUACAAAACAAAGAAAGCAACUGAACGCUUUUCCUGUAAGAAUUUAUGGUAAACAAUGAAGAGGCAAGUGAAAGCAAGGCUGAGUCAAGGGUCGAUGAGUGGGUGUGAAGCACUCGAGAUGAGGUCGAGGCAAAGUAUGGCCGAGCAGAGUGAAGUAAAAUUGGAACAGAGGAGAGGCAGUCGCAAGGCCCGUCCACCUAAAACAGAGGGAGGUUUGAUCAAUUUAGGUGCCAGGCUAAUUUAGAAAAGUCGGUUUCAGGCUGAAAUGUGACAGUGGGGUCCAGAGCGUAUCAAUGCGACAGGGCCCGGCCUGGGCUCCAGUGCAAAGAACGGUGCGAUGUCUGGAUGAUUUAAAUGCUGGGCUUGAUCGAUUGGAGUGGCUGGGUGUCCGCACCAGAGGCAAGGGUCAGGCCAGAUCUGCUGGCUGCUACGUGACAUUUAUUUGGCUCUGAGCACUGAGGCUGAGGCUGUGCAUGGCCUGCUCAAGGAUUUACGUCUAUGGACUCACUUUCGUUCUGAAGGUUGUUUGCUUAUUUCCAUCGCUUGCACGAUGUUUUUCUCUCUCUGCACCUUGGUUGUUUGACUGUUUUUUAAAUGGGUUCUUUUGUGUUUCUUUGUUUUGUAGCUGCCUGUGAGGAGAUGGAAGUUGUAUAUUGUAUACGUACAUCAGUAAUAAGUGGACUUUGAACGUUGAGUGUGUGUCUUCAGGCUCCUGUUAUCCAUCUGUUAUCUUGUUAUCCUGUUAUCUUGUGCUUUUCAAUAACCCUUUUGUGGAGUUGUUUGGAGUAUUCCUUUGUCUUCAUGGUGUAGUUUUUAUCAAGAGUGUUUCUACUGUGAUCAUCUGAAGCACCUUGACUGCACACAAGGCUCUAAAAACAGUUCUCCAUUUAACUAAUUACGUGACUUCUAAAACCAGUUGGCUGCACCAGUGAUUAUUAGAAUCAGAAUCAGGUUUAUUAUCACUGGCACGUGACAUCAAAUUGGUUAACUUAGCAGCAGCGGUUC